AUGCAAGAAGAUCUCAGUCAUCCAGCCGGUCAUCCAUGUUCAGAAAGGGACUGUCCUCUUCCUAUGUGCAUCAACUCCAAAGUUGGGAAAAUGAAAACAGAUACAGACCACAGAGGAGCUAACCGCAAACGUAGGUCUCACAGUGCUUCGGACACAGAGGACAAUAUGGAACUAUGGUGGCAGGACCUUCAAAGUCUUGGAGUGUUGGAGCAGCCUGCAGAUGGAAGUAUCGACAAUAUUACUUUAUUUCAGGACACCCAUGCGAAUGCGAUACAGGAUGAUUGGAAUCAUCGACAAGACCAACCCAUGCCUGCAUUACAAUCAUGUCGUUUAGGCUACGAGAAGCAUUUGGUUGGAGACCAAUCACAGGCAAAACCUCUUGGUGCAAUUCAUUGGUUGGGUGAUGCAAUUCCUCGAUCUCCCUUUGUCCAAAGAUCCUCUGGUUUGGUGAAAAGCAUUGAAACCUACAAUCGCCAACUGUUUUCCGUAAGUCAGCCAUUGGCGACUGAACAAACUGAGCCCAGCCGGUCUGCUUUUAUUGCGCUGUCGCAUGAUUCACAGGUUAUGAUCAGAGCUCCCCUGGAAGCCACCAAUAGCUCAUCUCACCCCCAAAUGCAAUACUGUGCGAAUGGUGGCGAGUGUGGAAUAAUGGGAUUUGAAUCAAGCUUGUUGGAAGGUUCCAACAACAACAAACCCAAUGUCCGAAGCAGUCUUUGCGAACAUUUCAAGGCGAGGAAGUUUGAGAACGCCUGUGAAAUCGCACGUAAGCCAUCCCACCGUCUAAAUUGUACUAGAAAGUUGUUUGCAAUCCUUUCUUUAAUUUUUCAAGCGUUAGAUGAUCCUUGCACGGCAGAACUUGAAGAACAUUGUGUACAUGUAUUACAAAAGGCUUUGAAUGAAAUUUGGGAGGCGAAAUGCCUGUCUAGUGGCAAACUCUCAUCAUGA